GAGGAUUUUUGGGAAGUCCGAAUUUUGUCCAGCUGACUACUGGGACCCUAUGAACGAGGCUGAAUGCGAUCGCGUUCUAGGCCACCCUGUAGACACAAGAUUCUACAACGAAGAUGACGCUGGUGGUGGAUAUUAUUCUUUGUGGCAUGCAGGCGCAAGACGGUUUUGGACCCGUGAGGCUGACGAGCUAGAAGAUCAGGAACAAAGCUCCUCUCUAUUAUCAAACACUUCAUGGAAUCUCCGCAAUCCCUCUUUAGGACCCACUGAGCGGAUGUUUUGGGCGCCUGGGGGUGUCCAUUCCAAGGUCUCGGAUACGAACUAUUGGACCAUUGGCGGAUGUUUUCAAUUUCGAGAAUACGCCAAUGAAAUCGCAUACAACCACAAAACCUUCACCAAAAAACGCUACAAAGGAACGAUGGAUCCCGAAUUCGAAUAUGCAGUCUAUCCCCAGCAUGAGUGGAUG